UAUUACAUCGAUCUUAUGAGCUUUCCGCGAUGGAGGAAGAGGAGUUGGAAUUUGCGGACGAAUUAGAGGCAAUUUUACACCUCACUCCCGAAGUCCAGCUAGCUAUAGAACAGGUUUUCCCCAGUCAGGACCCGUUGGACAGAGCAGAUUUCAAUGCUGUGGAGUACAUCAACACCCUGUUUCCUACUGAGCAGUCCUUGGCAAACAUAGAUGAUGUGGUGAACAAAAUUCGCUUGAAAAUCAGACGCCUGGAUGACAACAUCAGAACGGUGGUGAGAGGCCAGACCAAUGUGGGGCAAGAUGGCAGACUGGCACUCGAGGAGGCCCAGAAAGCCAUCCAGCAGCUCUUUGGCAAAAUCAAGGACAUCAAGGACAAGGCGGAGAAGUCGGAGCAAAUGGUUAAAGAAAUCACCCGGGACAUCAAACAGCUGGAUCACGCCAAGCGCCACCUGACCACCUCCAUCACCACGCUCAACCACUUGCACAUGCUGGCUGGUGGGGUGGAUUCCCUCGAGGCUAUGACCCGGAGACGGCAGUAUGGAGAGGUUGCCAAUCUGCUCCAGGGCGUGGUCAAUGUGCUGGAGCAUUUCCAGAAGUACAUGGGCAUCCCUCAGAUCCGCCAGCUCUCUGAAAGAGUGAAAGCUGCACAGAGUGAACUUGGAACUCAGAUACUCGCCGAUUUUGAAGAAGCUUUCCCUUCCCAAGGGUCAAAGAGGCCCGGGGGUCCCAGUAACGUCCUGCGGGAUGCCUGUCUGGUGGCGAAUGUUCUCGACCCCCGAAUCAGACAGGAAAUCAUCAAGAAGUUUAUCAGGCAGCAUCUCUCCGAGUAUCUUGUGUUGUUCCAGGAAAACCAAGAUGUGGCCUGGCUGGACAAAAUUGACCGGCGCUACGCCUGGAUCAAGCGGCAGCUGGUGGACUACGAGGAGAAGUACGGGAAGAUGUUCCCGGCGGAGUGGUGCAUGACGGAGCGCGUUGCUGUGGAAUUCUGCCACAUCACAAGGACCGAGCUGGCCAAGCUCAUGCGAGCAAGAGCCCGGGAGAUCGAGGUGAAGCUGCUGCUCUUCGCGAUCCAGAGAACGACCAACUUCGAGGGGCUUCUGGCCAAGCGCUUCACGGGCAGCACUCUGAGCGACGCAGCAGGGAAAAAGCCAGAGCCGCCCCCACCCUCCACGAACCCUUUUCUGGAGGACGAGCCAGGCAGUGAGGACUCGGUUCUGGAGAAGGAAGAAGAGCUCGAGAGGCCGAAGAAGCCUAAGGCCCCAGACAACCCUUUCCACGGCAUUGUGUCCAAGUGCUUUGAACCACACCUCUACGUCUACAUCGAGUCCCAGGAUAAAAACUUGGGGGAGCUGAUCGACCGGUUUGUAGCAGAUUUCCGCGCGCAGGGCCCCCCGAAAGUGAACUCCGAGGAGGGGGGGGCCGUACUGCCCAGCUGUGCAGACCUGUUUGUCUACUACAAGAAGUGCAUGGUGCAGUGCUCCCAGCUGAGCACAGGGGAGCCCAUGAUCGCUCUGUCCACUAUCUUCCAGAAGUACCUCCGCGAGUAUGCUUGGAAGAUCCUCUCCGGGAACCUGCCCAAGACGAGCAGUAGCAGUGGGGGUCUGACCAUCAGCAGUCUGCUGAAGGAGAAGGAGGGCUCAGAGGUGGCCAAGUUCACCGUGGAGGAGCUGUGCCUGAUCUGCAGCAUCCUCAGCACCGCCGAGUACUGCCUGGCCACCACGCAGCAGCUUGAAGAGAAGCUGAAGGAGAAAGUUGACAAGAGCCUCGCAGAGAGGAUUAACUUGACGGGGGAGAUGGACACCUUCAGCACUGUGAUAUCAAACAGUAUCCAGCUCCUUGUCCAGGACCUGGACGCAGCCUGUGACCCUGCUCUCUCCGCCAUGAGCAAGAUGCCGUGGCAGAACGUGGAGCACGUAGGGGACCAGAGCCCCUAUGUCACCUCCGUCAUCAUGCACAUCAAACAGAACGUCCCCGUCAUCAGAGACAACCUGGCGUCCACACGCAAGUACUUCACCCAGUUUUGCAUCAAGUUUGCCAACUCUUUUAUUCCGAAGUUCAUCAACCACUUGUUCAGGUGCAAGCCUAUCAGCAUGGUGGGAGCGGAGCAGCUGCUGCUGGACACCCACUCCCUCAAAACAGUGCUGCUGGAUCUGCCCUCCAUUGGGUCCCAGGUGGUCCGCAAAGCACCUGCCAGCUAUACCAAGAUCGUUGUGAAAGGCAUGACGCGCGCAGAGAUGAUCCUGAAGGUGGUCAUGGCCCCCCACGAGCCCUCUGUUGCGUUUGUGGACAACUACAUCAAGCUGCUGGCCGACGGAAACCCGGAGACAUUCCAGAAGAUCCUCGACAUGAAGGGCCUGAAGCGCAGUGAGCAGAGCAGCGUGCUGGAGCUCUUCCGGCAGAGGCUGCCCACUCCCCCCUCCGGCGCGGACGGGGGCUCCUCUCUGUCCUUCAGCACCCCCACGCCCGAGCAGGAGUCCUCCCGGAUCCGCAAACUGGAGAAGCUCAUCAAGAAGAGACUGUGAGCUCGGGACCGGGUCAUCUCCUGCCUCUCAUUUUCACCUUCUCUAUUGCUGAACCACCGGUAAACAUCUCCAGCCCCCCUCCUGAAGAGAAAUGUCAGACAUCUUUUUGUAUAUGCAGUUACAUUAGCGUUCACUUGAUAUUAGUGAAGAUGUAAAAUUAAGGAAAAAAUGUAUUAAUUCUGCUGUCAUCAUAGCAGAUCAUUGAAGAUGUAACUGUCUUUGUUUAUUUAUUGGGCUUUUAUACAAGUGAUUACAGGGAAAAGCAUGUUUCUGGAUUUCAUUACUACAAUGAAACAAAUUAAGUUCCUCCAAACCAUGAUGUAAUGUUGAGUUAUACCUCUACAGCCUUUUCUGACCCUCUGUCUUUUUCUUCCAAUGUAUAACUCCAAUUUAGGCAUAUGAUUGUUGUGGACUAUAUGCUAUACAAAGGAUUAAGUACAAGUUAAGAUAGAUUAAGAUAGAGAUCCGUUUAAGAAGCAUGUCAUGUACACAAUUUCACAGUGCUUCACAGGAACUCAAGAAUGGUUACAGGAUGAGGCCAGGUGACCCAUCUAUCUUAUUUUGCAUAAAACAUCCCAAGAGAUGAUCGUGCAUCCGGCAUUACUGCAGUAAGAAUCAACUGCUGCCUGACUUCCUUUGCAGAUGGCACAGGGGGCAGCAUGUUAAAAUUGGAACACCCACUGCUCAUCAAUUACCAGAGUUUUUUUUUUCCCUCUUGAUCAAGUUGUAUACUUCGUGCACGACAUUACAACCUUAAACUUCCAACCCAGAAAGGACCCCAAGACUUUCUGACCCCCAAGUUACAACGGGAACCACAUUUUGUGGUGUUGCUCUUUUCUUUCCUUUCCCAGGCUGCUUUGCAAAUUGAAACCAGCUCUGGCCUGUUAGCCCUGGUGGCUUGCCAGGACUUAAGAGACGGGGGGGAAUAAAACGUGCUUUCAACGUGCUGACUUGUUUAACAACCACUUCCCUAUUUAAUCUCUUUUGCAGUUUCCUUCUGGAGUUUAUCAGUGUUAAUCUAAGAGCCCUGCCGGAACGCAGAUUAGACCACAAAGAAGGGAGUGCUGUGCGCUAAUUAGAGCUUGUUCUAGAAGCAGGGGAAUAGAAUUGUAUAAGGCUGUGGUCAAGGGGUAUUUGGCAGCUGAUCUGGGGGAGGUUUCAAAACACUGAGAAUAGAUUCAGGUUUCAUGAGCGUAUAGUGUUCCCUUUUUCUUAACCUGUUUUCGGAAAUCUUGGACUUUUGGAAAUCCUGUUUUUAACCCCACCCAACCUCCCCCCUUCCCCAUCCCGUACAGGAACACGGAAACUUGAGUACCCUUUGACCCCUCUGUGAGUUCAGAAUGUCUGCCUGCCUGGCUUUCACCUUUUCUCAGAGGGGAUCGAUGACCCAGAAGGAGGGAACUCUGCCUGGGUGUUCUCUGCCCAGCCCUCUGGGAUACAAGCUCAACGUGGUGACAGUCUCAGGCAAAUAAACGCCAGACAAUCACCCUGACCCACCGAAAGCAAAGGUCAGGAGUAACGUUUCCAAAGGUGUACCCAGCUAGCCAUUUUCUAUUACAUCACUGUGACGGAAAUUUAAGAUUAAAGCCUCCUCACGCAAUGGUGUGUAAAGUAACAGAAUUAAGACGGAACAUCUUGUGAUAGCAUGCCUAUCAGUGCAGGGGCCCUGGGUUCACUUCCAGAGCUGGGGUGCUGUCUGCUUGGAGUUCCUCUGGGUGCACUGGUGUCCUCCCGCAGUCCAGAGACAUACUGGUGGGUUAAUUGGCUUCUGGGGAAAUGGGCCCUGGUGCGAAUGCGCGCAUGUCUGAGUUUCUGUGCGUGCGUCUGCCCUGCGAUGGACUGGCGCCCCGUCCAGGGUGUACCCUGUUGCUUGCUGGGAUAGGCUCCAGCUUCCCGUAACCAUGAAGGGAUGAAGACGGAUGGAUCUAGUGAUAACUUUUACAUCCUGGAGUGCUGCAGGAGAAGCCAUUCUCUUACAGGGACGUUUAAGUACCAGAGCUCUGUCUCCAGUUUUCAAACACUGAUCUGUAAACAUCAUCAGAAUGUAAAAUAUAACAGUGGCUAGUGCACUAUUCUGACAGACUUGUUAAAAACAUGUUUAAAUGUAGAUGUCCAGUUCUGCUGCUGUACAUAUUUCUGUCUCAUAACUGCUUUGUGAAUUUUCAGAAAAGCUGUAAUGCAGGACUAUAACAGCUGGUAACGAUAUGACACUAAUAAAUCAUACAUUUAACAAGA